AUGUCCACGCUCGCUGCAGCCCACUGUCGUUUCCCGUGCAAGCUGAAGCUUCCUCGUGAUGCCGCAUACUCUCUCUUUGGCGGUCCCUUCAUUCUCGAUGUCGGUCCUACAGUCAAUGGCGAGAUCAUACACGUCCGUGUUCAACCUAUAAACACUAUCAGCGUAACGGCUCUUGUCAUCAGCGUACUUCUCUUUGUCGCUUUCAUGUGCUUCUAUCUCUACCCACUCUUCCGUAUGCGUCGCCAACGCACUCAAACUGUCAACAAGUCCUCUAGAGAUGUCGAGUUUGGUCCUCCUGAAGAAGCUGACAAGAGAAGCCUCAUGUUCUGGCUGUACUCCCGUUCCCGCGACCGCUUUUCGACGCACGAUUCCCCCAAGCCCAAGGCUACAAGUCAUACUCCAAGCCUGCGAUACCAGACCUCUACGAUACGCGGCUCGCUGAUUCCUGACAUGUCUACUCCAAAUUUGACGCCACCGCCUCCCGCUUAUGCCUCCCGACCAAGCAGCCCUCUUGCCACUGAAUACCAAAUUCUAUCACGCCCGAUGACUUCCCCUGGUUCUCCUCGUUCUAUGACUCGUGAUAUCUUUCCAACUCGCAACCUCAAUAAUUUGGCUGUUCGACCAUUUAUGGGUCCUCGCUCAGUUUCGGCAAGCACCCUUCAUCCAAGCGACGCCCAAAGGCAUCGACCGUCUCGCGCAAGAGUCUAUUCGGCGGGCGACACCAGCAGAAAGAGUCCGAGCCGAGUUCAGCAUAGUGGGGGAUCUGGGCUGACACCAAGUUUGGCGUCGCAAGGGAGACAGUUGACUCGCGCUCCUUCGUUUGAUGUGAAUACCCGCACUACAGUAUCAACGAUCACAAUGGACACUGAGAUUAGUACUGAGUCACAAAUGGCUACUUUCCGUCCGCCAUUCACUGAAACCGCCCUCGAAACAUCACGAGUCAAGCUAGAGGUCUUCUCUCCCGCCGUACACAGCGAGGCGUUUUUCUCUAUUGUGGGAGCUCACCACGGACUCCUCCGUUAUUUCGCUAUCGACUUCACACCCGAAAUCCUCGAAACCUUUCUCGCUGACCCCGGUACAAUCCUCUUCGCCAUCAUUGAUAAGACAAGGCAAGACUCGUUUGCCGGAAUUAUCGGCCUACUACACACAUCAUUCGCCAACCUCUCGACUGAGAUUGGGCCGGUUGUUAUUUUCCCUGACUUUCAACGAACGUUUGUGGCGUCGAAUGCAAUCGGCUUAGUCAUGCGCUACUGCCUCAAUCUGCCGAGCGAUGGUGGGCUAGGUUUCAGGCGCGUUCAAUGGACGGCGAAUGAAGAAAAUACUGCGAGUUUACGAGCGGCAGAGAGAAUGGGUAUGAAAGUUGAGGGUGUGAUGAGAUGGAACUGGGUUCUCCCACCAGGAAGAGAGGGGAAACAGGUAUCAAAUGGACGAGGGGCUGGCUUGGGGCGACAUAGUGUGUUACUCGCUGUUUGUUGGGAUGAUUGGGAGAAUGGCGGGAAGGAGCUCGUUGAUAAGAUUGUGGAACGCAAAUCAUGA